CACCCCCUGACCCUCCUCCCCUUCCCCGAGCCUCCUCCCCCUCUCCCUCCUCCUCCUCCUCUUCCUUCCUCCUUCCUCCUCUAAGCCCUCCCUCCUCCUCCUCCUCCUCCGCUUCCUCCUUCCCUCUCUCCUGCCUUCUCCCUUCAUCCAUCCCCCUCCUUCCCUCCUUCUUCCUCCAUCCUUCCUUCCCUCUUUUCCUUCAUCCCUUCCGCCCACUCUUCCCUCUCUCUCUCUCUCCCUGCCUCCCUCCCUCCCUUCCUCCCCCCUUCCCUUCCUUCCUCUUUUCUCCUUCUCCCUUCCCCCCUUCUUCCUUCAUCUCUUCCUCCCCUCAACUUCCCUCCCUCUCUUCCCCCUCCUUCCUCCCUUCCUCCUCUGUCUUUCCCUCCUCCCUCCUCUUCCUUCCCUCUUUCCUCCCUCCUUCCUUCCUCCCUCCCUUCUUCUCCCCUCUUUCCUCCUUCAUCCCUCUCUCCCAUCUUUCUUCCCCCUUCCUUCCAACCCUUCCUUCCUCAUUCCUCUCUUCUCCCUCCCUCUCUCAUCCCUCCCUUGCUCUCUCCCUUCUCCCUCCCUUCCUCCUCCUUCCCUCCAUCGUCCUGCCAUCCUUCAUCUCUUCCCCCUCCCUCCCUCCUCUCCUUUCUUCAUCCCUCUCUCCCUCCUCUCUUCUCUCCCCUUCCUCCUCCUCCCUCCUUCCCUUCCCACCCCACCCCACCCCUCCCUACGUUGUAGACCCCCCACCCACAUCCCCUCUCCUCCCUCUGCCCCCAGGGCCCCCCCCACCAUGGGCACGGACCCUUCGGACCCUCAGGACCCUCAGGACCCUCGGGGCAGUGCAGCCCCCCCCAGCCUGGCCGGGCAGCUGUAGGAGGGGCCCCAUGGAGCCUGCGGGGACCCCCCCGACCCCUCCCGGGGUGCUGGCGGCGCAGGACGCCAUCGUCUUCUCCGGGGGGGGAGCCGAGGGGGUGACCCCCCCCCUGGUACCCCCCCUGGCAUCCCCCCUGACCCCCACCCUGACCUCCCCCCAGGCACCCCCCCUGACCCCCUCCCAGACCACCCUGACACCCCCAGUAACCCCCUCCCUGACCCCCGUGACCCCCCCGCAGGCCCCCUCCCCAGCCCCCCCCCAGGCCCCCAGCGCCCCCCACGACGUGUUCUGGGCCAGCCUGGCCCGUGCCCAGCUCUGCGUGUGGGACCUGCAGGGAGCCCUCGAGGGGCAGCCCCCCCCCAGGGACCCCCUGCCCCAGCACCCCUGGGACCCCCCCCCCUGUGGGGACACGGCCCCCGGCACUGAUCCCCCCCAGCCUGGGGGUCCGGAGGAGAACGUGCAGAGCCUGGGGGUGGAUGGGAGCAGCUUCCAGGAGCUCCAAGGCUGUGGAUCCACGUUGGAGAACAUCUUCCACAUGUCCGUGGAUGGGAAUGUCCCACCCAAGCCCAUGGAUAAGAGCAACUUCCAGGAGCUCCAAGGCCAUGGAUCUACAUUUGAGAGCAUCUUCCACGUGUCCAUAGGGGGGAACAUCCCACCCAAGCCUGUGCUCAUGGAUGGGAGCAUCUUCCACACGUCCAUGGAUGGGUCCAUCCCACCCAAUUCCAUGCCCAUGGAUAAGAACAUCCCACCCCAGUCCAUGCCCAUGGAUGGGGGCACUUUCCAUGAGGACCAAGGCCAUGGAUCCACACACAAGAGCAUCUCCCUCGUACCUUCAGGUGGGGCCAUCUCCCCGAAAUCCGUGCCCGUGGACAAGAACAUCCCACCCGAGUCCUUGCCCUUGGAUGGGAGCGUCUCCCAGGAGGACCAAGGCUGUGGAUUCAUUUUUGGGAGCAUCUUCCACGUGUCCACGGGUGGGAGCGUCUCCCCCAGGUCCAUGGCUGUGGGUGGGAGCACCUCCCCCACGUCCAUGCCCACGGAUCAGGGAAUCUCUCAGGAACAUGUGACUGUGGAUGGGACCAUCUCACCCGAGCCCGUGGCCAUGGAUGAGACCAACUCGUGCACAGGCAGGAGCAUCUCAGGGGAGACUGUGCCAGAGGGUGGGACCAUCUCACACAUGUCCAUGUCCAUGGAUGUGCCAAAGGAUGGGACCAUCUCACCCAAGUCUGUGCCCAUGGGUAGGACCAUCUCUCAGGAGAACAUAGAUUCGACCAUCUCACCCGAGUCUACGACCAUGGAUGGGCCCAACUUGCCCAAAUCUGUGCCCGUGAAUGGGACCAUCUCACCUGAAUCUGUGCCCAUGGAUGGGACCAUCUCACCUGAAUCUGUGCCCAUGGAUGGGACCAUCUCACCCAAAUCUGUGCCUGUGGAUGGGACCAUCUCACCCAAAUCUGUGCCUGUGGAUGGGACCAUCUCACCCACGUUCAUGCCCACAGGUGGGACUAUCUCUCCAGAGGAUGUGCCCAUGGACACAACAAUCCCACCUAUGCCCAUGACCAUGGAUAGGACCAUCCCAUCCGGGUUCACGACCACAGAUGGGACCAUCUCACCCAAAUUCGUGCCCACGGAUGGGACCAUCUCUCAGGAGCACCUGACCAUGGAUUUGACCACCUCGGCCAAGUCCGUGACCAUGGAUGAGACCCACCUGUCCAAGACUGUGACGAUGGACGGGACCACCUUGCCCAAAACUCUGCCCGCGGGUGGGACCACACCCCCUGAGCCCCGAGCCCCCGAACGCGGCAAAGAGGAGAAGAGUGAGGAUGAUGAGGUUGAUGAGGAGGAGGAUGACGAGGAUGACCACGGCAGCACCUCCCCAGAGGAAGAUGCCGAGGACGAGGAGGACCUGGAGGAGGAGGAGGAGCCCCAGUUCCACACCAACCCCCUGUUCCAGAGCCGGCUGGUGGCCCUCGGAGGGGCCCAGGGGGUGCCCCUUUACCGAACCCACAGUGCCGCCUUCGCCGAGGGGGGGGACACCACAGGGGGCACCGGGGCAGAACGGGGGGACCCCCAAACCCCCCCCACGCCCACAGCCCUCAGGGGUCACCCCGAAGGGGACAUCGGGGACGUUGCCGUGGAGUGGGGACCCCCCCAACCCUCAGACCGGGCACUCUCCGACCCCCCAGAGCUGCCCCCGGGAUCUGGGAGGGGGCAGCUGGAAUGGGCGGAGCAGGACCCCCCUGCAGUCCCCACCCCUCUGGAGCCCAGCCCAGGUGAGGGGGACUGGGACCCCCCUACCCCUCCUGAGCUCACCCCAGAGCAGGGGGGCCUGGACCCCCCCACUCCCGGGUACCCCCCAGGAGGGGGAGAUGAGGAUCUGCCCCUCCCCAGGCCCCCGACCCCCCCAGAGCCACUCCUGGGAGAGGGGUCUGGGACCUCUGCCAGCCCCCCAGUGCCCCCAGAUUUGCCCCAGAAGGGGGGGCAACAAACCCCUCCAGCCCCCCCUGAUUUGCCCCUCAAAGAGGGGCAAGAGACCCCCACAGAUUUACCCCAAAAAGGGGGGUUCCAAACCACCCCAGCCCCCCCAGAUACGCCACAGAAAGGGGGGUACAAGACCCCCCCCACCCCCUCCUCUUUGUCCCCAGAAGAGGGACACCAGAGCCCCCCAGAACCCCCAGAUUUGCCCCAGGCAGAGACACACCAGGCCCUCCCAGCCCCCCCAGAUUUACCCCAAAGAAGGGGGAACCGAACCCUCCCAGACCCCCCCAGUUUGCCUCAGGGAGGGGGGUACGAGACCCCACCAGCCCCCCCAGAUUUGCCCCAAAAAGGGAGGAACGAAAUCCCCCCAGAUUCCCCCAAUGUGGCCCAAAAAAGAGGGGGGUACCAGACCCCCCCUGGCCCCCCCGACCUGGCCCAAGAAGGAGGGGACCAAACUACCCCAGAUUUGCCCCAGGGAGGGGGGCACCAGACCCCUCCAGUACCCCAAGAUUUGCCCCAGAAAUGGGGGUACCAAACCCCUCCAACCCCCCCAGAUUUACCCCAAAAGGAGGGGCACCAGGCCCCCCCAGAUGUGCCCCAGGUCGGGGGCCAUCAAACACCCUCAGCCACCCCCAAUAUCCCCCGAAAAGGGGGGCACCAGACCCCUCCACCCCCCCCAGAUUUGAACCAAGGAGUGGGGUUCCAGCCCCCCGCCGCCCCCCCAGAUCUGCCCCCAAAAGGGGGGUUCCAGCUGCCUGUCAAGUCCUUGCCCCCCACCGAUUUAUCCCAGGGAGGGGGACAGCAGAACCCCCCCAGCCCCCUGACCCCCCUCAAGCCCCCCCUCAGCCCCCUUUACCACCCCCCCCCCAAGUCCCCCCAGCUCGGCCCCCCCGCCCCCCUGAGAGUGAUGCACAAACCCCCCCCCGGCCCCGUGACCCUCCAAAAUCCCCCCCAGCGCCCCCCCAGCCCCCAACCCGCCCCGUAUCAGCCCCUGGGAGGGGGGUCCCAGCCCCUCUGCCCCCUGCCCUCACCGCCCCCCCCGGGACCGGGGCUUUCCGAGGGGUCCCGGGGGGGGCCCCUCCUGCCAGGACAUGGCUGUUUGUGGCUCCCGGCCCGGGGGGGGGAAGGGGCGCAGGGACCCCCCCUCGGGCCCCCCCCCGCACGCCCCGACAUGGAGGAGUCGCCCCCCGAGACGGGCCUGGAGCCCCCGCCGGACCCCCCCGACAGCAGCCCUGGAUCCCCUUUAGGGGGGCCGGUGGAGCCCCCCGGGGGGGGGUCCCAGCCGGGGCGGGGGGAGGCCCAACGUUUGGCCUCCCGCCUGUUCCACCUGGAGGGCGUCCGGAAAUCCCAGGUGGCCUCGUUCCUCCGCAAAAACAAUGAUUUCAGCGCGAUGGUGGCCCAGGAAUACCUGGAAUUCUUCCAGUUCCAGGGGCAGACGCUGGACCAGGCGCUCAGGUCGUUCCUGCAGGCCCUGGUGCUGUCGGGGGAGACGCAGGAGCGGGAGCGGGUCCUGGGCCACUUCUCCCGGCGCUUCCACCACUGCAACCCCGGGGCCUUCCCGUCCCCCGACUCGGUUCACUCCCUCACCUGUGCCCUGAUGCUGCUGAACACGGACCUGCACGGGCAGCACCUGCGCCGGGCCAUGACCAGCUCCGAGUUCGUGUCCAACCUCAGCGGGAUGAACGACGGCCAGGACUUUCCCAGGGAGCAGCUCAAGGCUCUUUAUGGCUCCAUCCGCAGCAAGAAGCUGGAGUGGGCGACGGAGGAGGAGGAAGAGGAGGAAGAGGCCGGGGGAGGGAAGAAGAUCCUCCCCCAAAUCCCAGAGCUGCCAGGGGGGGUCGUGACCUUCCGCAGGGGGUGGUUGGCCAGGAAGGUCCUGGCAGAGGCUGAUGGCAAGAAAACUCCCUGGGGCCGCCGGGGCUGGAAGCCUUUCCAAGCCGUUCUCCGCGGGACCUUCCUGUUCUUCCUCAAGGCUGGGGGGGGGGCCCGGGGGGUCUCCCGACGCCCCUCAGAGCCGGGACCCCCCGGGCCCCCCCCAGAGGAGGGGGGGGGGGCCGAGGAGCCCCUGGGGGUCCAUCAUGCCCUGGCUGAGAGGGCCCCCAAAUACACCAAGCGGCCCAACGUGUUCCGGCUGCAAACGGCCGAGCGGAGGCUGUUCCUGUUCCAGGCGCCGAGGAGCAGCUGCGGUGCCACGAGCAGUGGCUGGAGCGGGUGGGGCAGGAGCUCCUGGAGCACCAGAGGCACCUCCCCGAGGGCCGGGGCCGCGCCCGGGACCUGGACGAGUAUCGGGUCAAGAAGGAAUUCCUGCUGGAGGAGCGCCGGCGCUACGAGACCUACGUGCAGGUGCUGGAGACGUGGCUGAACUCGGGCGCCCGGGACCUGGAGGGGUGGGAGGCACAGGCAGGGGGGGCCCCCCCAGACCCCCCCACUCUGACCAAGGCCCACUCGAGCCCCUCACUGGCCCCUGAGCCCCCCCCGGGCCCCACCGUCCGUGUCCGGAGGA